ACCAACUCGCCAUAGAUGAUAGAACGCUAUCCCAUCUUCACACACAAAAAUAUCCGCGCGACCCCGACCUCCCCCCUCCCACUCCGGGCAGCAGCCAGCAGCCAGCAGGCAUGGGGAUACCCGUGGUGGUUCCCGUCGCGGCGGCCUACUCGUGCUCCUCCUCCCUCGCCGCGCCACCGAGGGCCGCCGCCGCCGCGGCGAGGGCGCCGAGCCGCGCGCACGUCGCGGCGGCCGGGAUGUCCUCCAGGGCGUCCUCCUUCGUCGGGGGCAGCGGAGGCGACCUCGCGGCGGUGGCCGCGUCGGUAGCCGCGCGGCCCAGGAGGGCGGGCUCCGGGGGAGGCGGCGCGCUCGGGUGCAAGUGCCUCUUCGGGCUCGGCGUGCCGGAGCUCGCCGUCAUCGCCGGCGUCGCCGCGCUCGUGUUCGGGCCCAAGCAGCUCCCCGAGAUCGGCCGCAGCAUCGGCAAGACCGUCAAGAGCUUCCAGCAGGCGGCUAAGGAGUUUGAAACUGAACUGAAGAAAGAGCCUGGGGAAGGCGGCGAUCAGCCCCCACCUGCAACUCCCACAGCUGUAAGUGGCGGGGAGGAGAAGGGGCUUGAGGCAUCUAGUAGCAAGGAGAGCGCGUGAGGAUCAGGAUCUAUCUAGUGUUGUUUAUGAAAAUUGUAUUCUGGGCUUCUCGAGUUAGCAGUUCAUAUCCUUUUAACCGCAUCGCGGUUUCAGGCCAUGUAGCGAUAUUGUUUGUAGUUUGUACCGGGAAUAACAUAUUUGGUUGAGCUUCUACGUAUUGAAGAAACAACUUAUCUGUGAAGCUGACGCGAACAAAUUCUAUUUAUUAUCUAUUUUUAGUUUGUUCUGAGAAGCAGCUGUUGUAGAAGUCU